AUGGCGGACCGUGUGACUGGUGCCGCCAUCAGAAUCUGGAGUGUAAAUUUAGUAGAGGCAAGAAAGACCAAAUCAUCAAAGAAAGUGACAGAGCUCCUCGCUCGCAUUGACCAACUCGAAAAGGAACUUGCAUGUGCCAAAGCUGACGCCUUUCGCUCAACCCUAAGUCUUCAACUUCCAGAGAGCAAGAUAUUUGCCAGCAACCAAGCAACGCUCCGCGUCGGCCAGAACUGGUAUCAUCGAGGAAUGCCCAUUGUUUCGGAAGAUGGUGUUAAGUGGAUCAAGUCGACUACUACGCAGGACACUACAAGAUUUGAGAAGCAUUUCCUAGGCUCUGCACACCUCUUCUCGUGUAUCAGCUACCCAACCUGUCCUAGCAAUGGUGAAUCACGGGAAUUACCCGAUAUAGGUUUGGCCUUUAGGGCUUUCAACGCGGAUAGUAGUUCCUUCUUUCGCUUGGGAAUAGGAAUCCUUGAUAAGUCGCUGUUUACAGAAACUAUAGACCUGGCGUACGCGGCUUUCAAUCCGAAUGCUUCGCAAGGGCAUCUAGCAGCUAGGGCAAGCUUGUUGGCGGCUUUUACCGUUGCGUCGUACUUGAAGACCAGCGAAGAAGUCGCUUCUAUCGAUGCCCAGGCCAUUACAUCGAGGGCUCAAGAUCUGCUAGGUCGUAUUGACGGGUUUGCCAACUUGGACGCUUUGCAGGCUAUUUUAUUACUGUACAAGUAUCGAAUAGCCACUGGACAAUACGAUGCCGCAGGGGCACUACUUCCUACAGCCUGCCGAAUGGUUUGCAGACUCGAUGGCCAUAUGACGCAUCCUACACCUAGCAAAGCGGCUCCCGAUAUGCGGAGAGAGCACAUUCGAAACCUUUUCUGGACUUGCUAUAUUGCCGAUAAGGACAUGAGCCUUAUAACUGAGCAGCCACCUCUCCUUGCAGACGAGUACAUGGACUUGGGUGAUGCUGAAUGCAGUAGUCCCGCCCAGGAACUCGAUGAAGUAAUCGACAGUUCCGUUGCUUGUAAACUCCUUCCUUUCGCCACCGGAGACCGCAGACUUGGCCUUUUAAAGGCCAAAGUCUUUCGUGUACUUUACUCCCCCACCGCUCUACAUAUCGCCGACAGCGAACUUCUGACUCGUAUCCGGCAGUUGGACGACGAACUUGAGAACUGGCGAGUGAAUACCUGUCCCCUGCUCCGACCAAAACUGGGCAUAGCCAGUAAUAGUUCUGAAUAUGGAUCAGCGCAAACAUGCCUACGUGCAGCUCACUUGCAACUGGAGUACAAUUACCUCCUGACAAUGGUACACAGCGUCGUCCGGCGAUUCGGCGUAGCACAUGAUCCAGAUGCAGGCUUGCCAGAAGAUAUCCACCGGGUCAUGCACUCGAGUAUCGAUCUGGCGUUGGGCGCAGCGCGAAACACGAUCCAUGCUAUUAGUGAGCCGGUUUCGGUGCUCGAGGGCAAAACUUGGUACACCGUGUUUCAUCCUCUGAUAGCGGCCAUGUCGUUAUUCGUCAACAUCCUUAUACACCCUACAAGCGACCAGGCGGUGACCGAUGUGGAAUGGCUGGCGUUAGCAUCCAAGACUAUUCAUGGACUUGCAGUCUCAUGCUCGGCUGAGGAAGUGAAAUACUUGCAGCAGGCAGGUGACUUUGCGGCGGAGCUGCUGAAACUGGCCGAGGGUGCAAUAGCAAGGCGUUCAUAG